CCAAAUCAACAACUUCAGUCUACAACAGAGACUUGUCCUUCAAAACCAGAACUCGAACCAAGUAAAGUCCAGCCUUCAGCAGGCAUACAAGCUUGUUGACAAGAUAGUUUUGAUUGCAAAACCUAUACCGGUUUCAUGGCACUCCCCUUCACUGCAGCCACUCCAGAAAAAUGUGUAUUCAACUCUAACUUCAGUAAGCUGACCUUCAUUUGUCAGCCUUGUUUCACCCAGUGCUGCUAUUUGGAUGUGAUGCCUGCUGAGUUCUCUCACAAGAGCUGUUCAUCUUUCAGGUCUACUGGAUUUUGUGUUGUCUGAUGGGAUCCCCACCUGCCACAGUAAUCAGUUCAGGGUUGGGUAAGCAGACACUUUUUAGGGCACCUUUUCUAGCCCCUUCCUCACACCAGUAAGUGAGCAGUGUGAUCCUUAAAAGGCUGCUCAGACACCCAGGGGGCUGCCAAAUUCCACUGCUGCUUCCAGUGAAAAGAUGACUCCAUGGCCUGAGCCACAUGUGUACGGCACUGUGACCACAGCUCCCAAUGGAUCUGCUGCUUCGUCACUUGCCUGCUGCCUCAGGAUUUUGAGAUAGAUGAUGAAAAUAAGAUCCAACCCAGGAAAAAAAUGUACACAGUAAGCCCACCUCCUGAUGGAUAUGCUCCAUGUUCUCCAGAAUUCGCUGAUAGCAGAAAAUCAGAAAAAUCUGGGAGCACUGAUGACACAGAAGAAGAGAAUCCUCAAGAGACACCAAAGAGAAGAAGAAGAAGAAGAAAACAGAAACCAAAGAAUACUUUGCAAAAUCCCUAUAAUGUCCAUGUAGAACAAACAAAAUUUGAGAAGAAUGAGAGUCAUUUACAAGAAAAAUUACAGCCACAGCAUACAGAUGGUCCACAAAUAAGCAAAAAUAAAAAAAGGAAACUGAAAAAGAAACAGCAAAAGGAAAGGAAGAGAGCAGCUGGCCUACUAACAAAAGCCACUGGCAUUAGUUUUACAUACCAGCCUGAGAGCAGCAGUGAAGGAGAAGAUUCUAAAGACACCAAUGAAAAGGCAGAUGGCAUCCUAGACUUCUUGCAGGCAACACAAGAAAUUUAUUUCUCUGACAGUAAUUUUAAAUCUUCUGAUUCAACUGUCUGUUUGGAAACUAUCCAGGAGAUUUUUAAACAUCUUGAAUUUCAUCACAUAGCUUCCUCAGAUAUUAUACUUUUGGACCAGAUGAAAACUCUGGUACUUUUGCAAGAUACCGAAAGAUUGAAGAGUGCUUUGGAACAGUUCCAAGAACAAUGCAUGAUGCCUCCUGACCAUGCAAAAGAAAUUGCAACUCUUUUUCAUUACUGGAUUACAGAUAUCCUUCCUAUAAGGAAUAGGAAAUAAGGUCUGGAUGCCCAUCUGCAAAGAGUUAAUAUUUAAUAAUAGGAAAAAGCCUGAAGAAGACAUAUGAAAUACCUGAGAACUCUAAAUAUUGAAGUUGCCAAACUUGGUUUUAAAAGGAAAAAAGUUCUAUAUUUUUACAGUGUAAAUAUAAUGUUGUAAAUUGAUAAGAUGUAUCUGUUAAUUUGCUUGCACAAAAUAAACACAAGGUCUUACCUAAGAUUUUAAAUGUUAAAAUCAGGAUAUUAGAGUUGAAAUGUUAUUUAUACAUUUUUUCAUUGUAUACAUCGUAAAUUAACAUUGACAUUCUAUUUUUUCUAUUUGCCAUAAAGGAAACAUAAAAA